CCACCCUGACCUAAAACCCUCCCCUCACCUUAUCUUCUCGACGCCUCCCACCCGGCGACCCCGCUUCUCCCCCCUCGAAUCCUACCGCUGCUGUUUUCUUGCUUCCUUGCGUGCUGGCGGAGCAAGAGGCGGCCAUGGCCACCACCACUGACGCCGCCGCAGUCGCGCCCGUGGAAGAAGAGAGCCCCGCCCCGGCGGCGGAGGCUGCGGCCGCCGCCGAGGGGAAGCCGACCAAAAAAUUCGAGGCGGCGGCUGCCGCCGAGGAGGAGAAAUUGGAGGGGCAAGGUGAGGGGUUUGGGGGUCCGGAGGCCGAGAACGGCGAGGGGGAGGGUGCCGGAGGAGGGGGUGACGGCGGGGAGGUGGAAGAGGCGGAGGAGGAUGGUAAAGGUGGGAGCUCGGGCGCGGCGGAGGCCGACAAGGAUGAUUUCGGCGGGGAAGCUGUGGCGGCGCCCGCGCCAGCCGUGGAGUCCAAGUCGGAGACCGGAGAAUCGGUGGAGGCUUCUCUGGCUUCCCCUGAUGCGUCGGAAGGUGAUGAGAAGGAUGGAUUGCGGGAGCAGGAGGAGGAGGAAGAAGGUGCUGCGUUAGAUGCCAAGGCUGUGGAUAAGGUAGCGGAUUCCGCGGAGUCGGCAGUGUCCGAGGAGAAGCUGGUACCGGAAGAUGACAAGGCCGAGGAGGUAUGUUCUGGGACUGGAGAUGGUGGCGAAUUGGGCAAUGAGAAGGAGAUUGAUUUCUCUGCUGAGAGCAUGGAGGUGACCAAACCAGAGGAUAAGGUAGCCCCUGUUGCUGAAGCUAAUGCCGAAUUAGAUGACAAGAAGGGAGCCAGUGAUGAUGUGGUGUCUCCGGGAGGUGAAGAAGCCCUGGAAGAAUCAACUAACAAGGGUGCUGACGUUGAAGAGGAGGCUGCCAAGCCCGAGCCAGCCAGUGAAGCGAGUCCAGUGGUUCUGACUGAUGGAAGCGAAGAGGAGCCUCCUCCUGCAUGUGCAGGCAGUGUGGUUGAGGACAGCCCUGAGAUAGGGCAGAAUGCUAAAGACCAGGCUGCUGCCAGUGAAGCCCCGAAAGAAUCAACUAACAAGGGUGCUGAUGUUGACGAUGAUGACGAGUCCGCCAAGCCUGAACCAGCCAGCGAGAUGAGUCCAGUGGUUGUGAAUGAUGUAAGCGAAGAGGAGCCUGCUCCUGCAUGUGCAAACAGUGUGGUUGAGGAUAGCCCUGAGAAAGGGCAGAAUGCUGAAAACCAGGCUGCUGCCAGUGAAGCCCUGAAAGAAUCAACUAACAUGGAUUCUGAUCUUGAAUAUGAAGACGCCGAGCCUCAGCCAGACAGUGAGGCGAGUCCAGUGGUUGUGAAUGAUGGAAGUGCAGAGGAGCCUGCUCCUGCAUCUGCAGACAGUGUGCUUGAGGAUAGCCCAGAGAAAGAGCAGAAUGCUGAAGACCAGGCUGCUGCCAGUGAAGCUGUGGAAGAUGUUGGUGCCAAGAAACUCACAGAGGUUGAAAGUGCUGCUGCUGCUCCAGAGUUGGCGCCAGAAUCAAGCAAUGAAAAUAAUGGUGCUGAUGAGACUGAAGGUGAUGCUGAGGUUGCUGAUCAUGAAGAGGAGGCUGGUGACAGUGACAUAAUUGAGGCGGAGGCUGUGGCAGAUGAUGAGGAUGGGGUUGGCAACGAGGCUGAUGAGGAUGAGGAUGGGGCAAACUCUGACACGAGUCCCGCACGGGUUGCUAUCUUAGAGAGCUCUGAAGCUGCAAAGCAGAUCAUGAAGGAGCUUGCGGAAGGAUCCUCUAGUGGUAGUGUGUCUGGCUCAAAAGACUUCAAUGAUAGCAUGGAUGGGCAGAUUAUGCUUGAUGAUUCAGAGGAUGAUGAGGAUGAUGAUGGGGAUGAGAAGGGAUUUGAUUCUGCUGCCCUGGCCGCCCUUCUGAAAGCGGCGACCGGUGGAUCGUCAGAUGGGAAGAUCUCAGUUGCUUCCCAAGAUGGUUCUAGAAUAUUCACCAUGGAUCGACCUGCUGGUCUGGGUUCAUCGGCAACAUCUCUAAGGCCUACUGCUCCUCGACAACCUGCCAGGUCAAACCCAUAUAGCCCCUCGGAGCUUGCAGUUACCGCUGAUCCUACCGAAGAGAUGACCGAGGAAGAGAAGAAGUUGCAUGACAAAGUUGAGUUGAUAAGGGUGAAGUUUCUGCGUCUGGUUUACAGGUUGGGAGCUACUCCUGAAGAAACAGUAGCAGCACAAGUGUUGUACCGUUUGAGCCUUGCUGAGGGUAUUCGGCACGGAAGGCAGACCAACCGAGCUUUCAGCCUUGAUAAUGCACGGAGGAAAGCCUUAAUUCUUGAAGCAGAGGGAAAAGAGGAUCUGGACUUCUCAUGCAACAUACUUGUUCUUGGAAAGAUUGGAGUUGGCAAAAGUGCAACCAUCAAUUCUAUUUUUGGUGAAGAGAAGACCAGAACUGAUGCCUUUAGCUCAGCUACCACCAAUGUACGAGAAAUUGUUGGUGAUGUGGAUGGCGUCAAGAUUAGAAUCAUUGAUACACCAGGCCUUCGACCCAAUGUGAUGGACCAAGGAUCAAACAGAAAGGUUCUCUCUGCUGUCAAGAAAUUUACCAAGAAAUGUCCCCCAGAUAUUGUUCUCUAUGUUGAUCGUCUGGAUAGUAUGAGCCGUGAUCUCAAUGAUUUGCCUCUUCUCAAAACCAUUACUGCUGUUCUUGGUUCAUCCAUAUGGUUCAACGCCAUUGUUGCGCUCACUCAUGCUGCCUCUGCUCCUCCUGAAGGCCUCAAUGGUGCUCCCAUGACAUAUGAGGUCUUGAUGGCUCAGAGAUCCCACAUCAUCCAGCAAUCCAUCAGGCAGGCUGCAGGAGAUAUGCGUUUGAUGAACCCAGUAGCCCUUGUUGAGAACCAUCCUUCUUGCCGGAGGAACCGCGAGGGCCAGAAAGUGCUUCCCAAUGGCCAAAGCUGGAGGCAUCAGAUGCUGCUUUUGUGCUACUCCUCAAAGAUAUUAUCAGAAGCCAACUCACUUCUGAAGCUUCAGGACCCUAAUCCUGGGAAGCUUUUUGGGUUCCGUUUCCGCUCCCCACCUCUUCCCUUCCUGCUCUCCUCACUCUUGCAGUCAAGAGCCCACCCCAAACUUUCUGCUGAGCAGGGUGGCAAUGAAGGUGAUUCUGAUAUUGAAUUGGAUGAUUAUUCUGAUGUGGAGCAAGAUGAUGAUGAAGAAGAAUAUGAUCAGCUUCCACCCUUCAAGCCCUUGACCAAAGCUCAGCUUCUGAGGCUCACAAAGGAGCAGAAGAAUGCUUAUUUUGAUGAGUAUGACUACAGGGUCAAGCUUCUCCAGAAGAAACAAUGGAAGGAUGAGAUCCGCAGGUUAAAGGAGAUGAAGAGGAGGGGAAAAACUGAUCUGGAUGAUGAUUAUGGGUAUGCUAAUAUCACUGGUGAGAAUGAUCAGGACCCUCCUCCAGAGAAUGUAUCAGUUCCCUUACCUGAUAUGGUGCUGCCCCCUUCAUUUGAUUGCGACAAUCCCACAUACCGGUACCGCUUUCUGGAGCCAACUUCAACUGUCCUAGCAAGGCCUGUUUUAGAUGCGCAUGGGUGGGAUCAUGACUGUGGUUAUGAUGGAGUAAGCGUUGAAGAGACACUAGCUAUCCUUAAUCGGUUCCCAGCAAAUGUAGCAGUUCAGGUCACCAAGGACAAGAAGGAAUUCAGCAUCCAUUUAGACUCUUCCAUUGCAGCAAAGCAUGGGGAUAAUGCCUCAUCGCUUGCUGGUUUUGAUAUCCAGACUGUCGGGCGGCAGCUUGCAUAUAUUCUCCGUGGUGAGACCAAAAUCAAGAAUAUCAAGAAGAACAAGACCACUGGAGGAUUCUCAGUAACUUUCCUGGGAGACAUUGUGGCAACUGGACUGAAGGUCGAGGAUCAGCUCUCCCUUGGGAAGAGGCUGUCACUAGUUGCAAGCACUGGUAUGAUGAAAGCCCAAGGGGAUACUGCAUAUGGAGCUAACUUGGAGGCACGCCUGAAAGACAAAGACUACCCAAUUGGCCAGUCCCUGUCAACUUUGGGUCUUUCUCUGAUGAAGUGGCGCCGGGACCUCGCUUUGGGUGCUAACUUGCAGUCACAGUUCCCCAUCGGAAGGGGCUCGAAGGUGGCGGUCCGACUUGGUCUGAACAACAAGCUGAGUGGGCAGAUCACCAUCAGGACAAGCACCUCAGAGCAGGUUCAGAUUGCGCUUUUGGGUCUCGUGCCGGUUGCAGCUUCCAUCUACCGGAGCUUCCGGCCCAGUGAACCGUCGUUUGCUUAUUAGCCUGUCAGGGACUAGUUAUUUGAUCACAAUAUCGUUUCUCAUCCUUUCCUAAUGAACUGUAUUUCCUGUCAUUUCAGUUUCCUCUUUUGUAAUUGGCAGAUUGUUUCUGCCGUAAUUUUGUCUGAAGAAGGUUGUGAGAUUUGUCUGGAACUAUAGCUGAAUAAUGUCGUGGGAUCUAUUAUCCUUGUCGUUAUCAAUCUAUUGCAGUGUUGCUAUUCCUAAGACUAUUCUGUA